UCUCAGACUAAAAGCGACCGGCGUCUCUCGUACCUCGCUAUUCGAUCGAGUUGAUUCAGGCGGAGUGCUAUUGACCGAGAUCGGUGGUACCGUGUGCUUGCGCAUCGUUCUGGGACCCGGCAACACGCGACUUUUUUCUGGUUACCAUAGGUACCAUUAUUUGUGACGUUCUUGAGUGAAAUAACCUGGCAAGAAAGAGUGUUUUGGAGAGAUCAGAACGGCGAAGUCUACGAAGAAAUUUAGAGCAACAAAAUAACACAAUGUAUCUUCAUAUCUAUAAUGCGAUCUUGCGGUUGUGUUAACCGCCACACACCCCCAGCCAAUGAUGCGCCACUAUGAAAAUGGCUAAACCCAAGAAGGUAUUGAAAAUACUCUUGGGUAUCAUAAUUGGUGUGUUGUGCUCGCAGUUAUUUGCCAAUACUGAACAUUUUUGUGCACCCCAUUUUGUUGUUAAAAGUGAAAAGUUGGUAGACGAUGUCGAUUUGGUUGCCGGAAAAUCGACACCUAGGAGCAAGAAUCUUUUGUUUGUUGGUGUUAUGACAGCAGAACAGUUUCUCCCCACACGGGCCAAAGCAGUAUGGAACACAUGGGGCCAAGAAGUGCCAGGAAAAAUGCUGAUAUUCUCUUCAGAAAAUUCGACUUACGAUGGAAUUCCUCUAGUUUCGCUUCCGGGCAUCGAUGAUAGUUAUCCCCCACAAAAGAAGUCAUUUACGAUGCUCAAAUAUAUGCACGAUAAUUUUAUCGACCAAUAUGAGUGGUUUAUGCGAGCCGACGAUGACGUUUACGUCAAAAGUGAUAAAAUGGAAGAAUUUUUAAGGGCUAUUGAUUCUAGAAAACCACUUUUUAUUGGCCAGACCGGUAGAGGAAAGAAGGAAGAAAAAGGACAUUUAUCUUUAGACACAGAUGAAAACUUCUGUAUGGGUGGACCAGGCAUGAUAAUGAGCAGGGAAACACUUAAAAGGAUCGCUCCGUAUAUAGAAGAUUGUUUGGUCAACUUGUAUACGAACCACGAGGAUGUGGAAAUUGGCAGGUGUGUGAGGAAAUUCGCCGGGGUUUCUUGUACGUGGAAUUAUGAGAUGCAAGUGAUCUUUCAUCAUACUAAAAAUGCGGAGGAACUCUACUCAGGCAAUUUAAAUAGAAAAGAGGUUCACAAGGCUAUAAAUUUACAUCCUGUUAAGAACCACGAACAUUUAUAUAAGCUACAUACAUUUAUACAGGGUGUAAAAGUUCAACAAGCCCUCCAGAAAUCCGUGCUCCUUCACCGGGAUAUCGCAAGUUCCAUGAAAGAACUCGGAUAUAGAAUUCAAAGUGUAGAUUCUGCCCACCUUGGUAAGGAUGUUUUACUAUUCCCAGUAAAGCAAGGGCAAGACCAAUAUUUAGGGGAUACAAGUCUCCUAGGAGUACCAGUUAGUAUUAAUAGAUAUGUACCUAAAAAUACUUCAGAUGUAUUAGAAUGGGAGUUAGUUUCCAAGGUAUUGUACAGCUACAAGGAUUUACAACCUAAGAGAAGGAUCGGAACCUCCUUAAAAGAAGGCUUGGAUGAUGUUACUAGAGAGAUUAUGGAACUGAUAAACCAAUACUCAAAGCAACGUGGUAGAAUCAUUGAUUUCAAAGAGAUUCUGUAUGGAUAUUGGAGGUUAAAUCCACUUUAUGGAGUGGACCUGAUUUUAGAUCUCCUCCUUACAUAUAAAAAGUAUCGAGGGCACAAAAUGACUGUUCAAGUAAGGAGGCAUGCAUACGUUCAGCAAACAUUUACUGGAACCUUCAUUAGAGAAGCCUUACCAGAGAGCCCUAGCAAUGAUAAUACUAUUAUCAAUAAAGUUUUUAACCACAUCAGUAAUAACCUACCUCCUCUUCUUUCCUUUUCCUCCGAAACCUCGUCAGAACCCUUAAUACAUCUUCUAUUACCUUUAAGUGGGAGAUAUGAAACAUUUGUCCGCUUUCUUCAUAUGUACGAGGAGAUCUGCAUUCAGAAUUGGGAAAAGACACAUCUGAUUAUUAUUUUGUUUCACACUAAGGACCAACCCGAAGAAUUUAAUAAUACUGUGAAAUUAGUCGAAUCAGUUAAUGAUAAAAUUAAAAAUGGGUUUAGUGGCGCUUACAAAAACCACCAAAUAAUUGAUGUCAUUGAAUUUGGAUUGAAUAGCAGUUUUGCAAGAGGAGUUGCUCUACAGCGGGCUGUAGAUACUUUACAAGAUUCUGACCUAAUGUUGUUCAUUGAUGUAGAUAUUGCCUAUGAUCGUACAUUUUUGCAACGCGUUCGUAAAAAUACUGUUCUAGGUAAAAGUGUUUACUUUCCUAUACUUUAUAGCCUUUUCAAUCCAAAACUUUUGGGAAAAGAUAUAUCUGUCAUUGCCAAUAAUGUGCCAUUCUUUACUACAAAUAAUACUGAUACGAAUAGUGGAUACUGGCGGUCUUCUGGAUUUGGUAUGGCUUCAAUGUAUAAAAAAGACUAUCUUGCAUUAGGAGGAUUUGAUACCAAUAUUCAGGGCUGGGGGAAGGAAGAUGUAAUGUUCUUUGAGGAGAUUGUGCAUAGGCAUACCCAUAAAUUAGUGAGAUGUGUGGAUCCUGGUUUGGUACAUAUUUUCCAUGAAGUGAAAUGUGAUGCCAGUUUAGCUGCCGAUCAAAAAAUUAUGUGUUUGGGGACCCAGGCAAAUACUUUGGGAUCUUUAGCAACCGUACAAAAAAUGUAUGAAAGAUAUAUUAAAGGAAAAUUAAGAUAGAAAAACUAACUCUAAGCUGCUGAUAAUUCAAAAUGAAGUCUUUAAUAAUUAAUAUUAGGCAAGUUGAUUUGAUAUUAUUUAAUUUAUACAUCUCAUCGAUGAACAAUCUUGUUUUGCUAUAUUGUAUGAUUUGUAGUCAUUAGUAAAUGUAUUUCGUUCGUAAACAACCGUCUGUAAAAUACUCUUCGGAUUAUUUCGUUCAGUCAUACAUCGUAAGCAAAAUUAUACUGAAAUGUAAAUAAUAUUAAGAACAAUAAAACCUUAAUAAUCAUUUUUACUUAAAUUAUUUAUAAAGGUAAUCUGUUUGCCCUAUGUAAACAUAUUCAGAAGAAAUUUAGGAACAAUGAAAAUUAUACAUUUGAAUAUCAGCUAACAUACAUCUCUGAAAAACACAAUCUCACAUAAUUUUGACCUCAGGGGUCAUUAUUCACAAAAAUAAACGAAAGAAAUUAUUUACAAAUACAAUUAUAUAGGUUUUAAAUAGUCUGUGAUGCUCAAAUUUAUACCUGUAUUAUUGAUAUUGUCACUGCUGUUUUUCCUAUAGUUCCUAUGUGUUAUAAUAAUUAUUGAUUGUAUAUUUUUAUACGGAUAUUUAUGUAGUGCCAUAUUGUGAGUUCAUCCACUCAUGAAUUUUUUGGCGUAAUUUGUAAAUAAUUUAAAUUGUAGGAAAAAUAUUGUUAGUAUAAAUAUUUUAUAGAGUUUUUUUUAAUUAGCAUAAAAAAAAUUGUGUUUCUGUCCAUAAAAAUGUUAUUAAAUUUUUAAGUAUGUUA